CCCACACCAUAUAUUCUUUCUUCCUUGCCAAAGGCAAAGUCAGGUCUUUCCUUACGAUAUUUCACACGCUAAAACGACUGUAAUUACAUGCAUACAUACAUACAUACAUAUAUACUUACACCAUCAACGACCUUAAAUAACUAGCCGCCUUCUGUCACUUUUUCAGGUUCGGUUUCCUGCCACAUUUCUAUGUUUUUUUUUUUUCGAUUCUUUUGAGGUUUUUAUACGUUUUUGCUAUCUGGGUCUGUUUCAUUUCUCAAUUUGGUGAACUGGGUCGUUUUGAUUCUUUUCAUCUGUUGUGUAUUCUUUUAGGGUUUUUAGAAAGGGGUUUCACUGUUCUGGCUGAUUCAAUCAAUUCAAAUUUCAAGACUUUUGGUCCAAUUUUUUACUUGUUCUUUGUUAAUUUGUUGAGUUGGAGAUACUAUAAGCUUCAAUUUUUUGAGCUUUUUUGUUUGAUAACCUUUGAAUCAAAGCUUAUUAGGGUUUAUAUUACUGUAUUGAUCCGAAUAAUUGAUGAUUCGUUUGUAAUUCGGGUUUUUUAUGGAAGUUUGAGUGUGUUAAUUCAUUGAGAAUGGCUGCUUUUAUGUUUAGUCUACUGCUGUUCAUGCAAGUAUCGAGAUCCUUUGCUUCCAGUCUCGAAGUAAAGUCGAAGAUUUGCGGCGCUGAUCGCUUAGAGUAUUCGAAUUCAUUCGGUUGUGAACUGUUUUAUUUGAAUGGUAAUCUGGUAGAUAAAGUUCUGUUCUGUAAGGCCCUGCAGUUUCACUAUGCAGAGCAUUGUGCGUUUAAAGGUUAUAUGGGAACUGAUUACUGUGAGUUGGACCUUUCAUCAGGUUUUUUUGCAGCUGAAUUGUCCAUAGGAAGAAGAAAAUUAUUGCGGGAGCAAAAGAAGAAAGAUGAUAAUCCGGAGGGGAAGAAAUAUUCAGCCUCGUCCAAAGUCGGGAUAGCAGCAUCGGGAAUUGUUUUGACAUGUUGUGUUUUUAUCUGCCCUUGUGUUUAUAGGAAAAAGAGAGAAACCGCCUCUACUGUUCUUAAAAAGGAGCCGAAUUCAAGUGAUUCGACGUCCCCUUUAGAUGUGAAUAUUCAUGUUCCUCAUGAAAAGGUUCCUCCUAAUCCUUCAGUAUUCUCAGUGUCUCCAAACCUCAAUAGAACCGGGUCAGUGCAUCUCAAUCUAGCACAGGUCACCAGAGCUACCCGUAAUUUCUCACCAGCUCUACAGAUAGGUGAAGGGGGGUUCGGAACUGUCUACAGGGCUCAGCUAGAUUCCGGUCAGGUGGUUGCUGUUAAACGAGCAAAGAAGGAACAUUUUGAGAAUCUGCAAACUGAGUUCAGCAGUGAAGUUGAACUUCUAUCCAAGAUUGAUCAUAGGAACCUUGUGAGGCUUCUUGGUUAUGUCGAUAAAGGAAAUGAACGGCUUAUUAUUACGGAAUAUGUACCGAACGGUACUCUAAGAGAUCAUUUGGAUGGUCAACGAGGCAAAAUCUUGGAUUUCAAUCAGCGACUUGAAAUUGCCAUUGAUGUUGCUCAUGGCCUUACCUAUCUCCAUCUUUAUGCAGAGAAGCAAAUUAUUCAUCGAGAUGUGAAGUCAUCCAACAUUCUUCUUACGGAAAGCAUGAGAGCCAAAGUGGCUGAUUUUGGAUUCGCGAGACUUGGUCCCAUGGAUUCGGACCAAACACAUAUUUCAACCAAAGUGAAAGGAACAGUUGGUUACCUUGAUCCCGAGUACAUGAAAACCUAUCAACUCACGACCAAGAGUGAUGUGUACUCGUUUGGGAUUUUACUUAUCGAAAUUCUGUCCGGCCGCCGUCCUGUGGAUCUAAGGAGACCUGUUGAAGAGCGCAUCACACUUAGAUGGGCAUUCCGUAAGUUUAACGAAGGACAAGCCGUGGAACUAGUGGAUCCUAUGAUGGAAGAAGCUGUUGAUGCCGAGAUAAUAGUGAAGAUGUUUGCAUUGGCAUUUCAAUGUGCAGCACCCAUAAGACACGACCGGCCGGAGAUGAAAUUCGUGGGAGAACAUUUGUGGGCGAUAAGAGCCGACUUUCGUAGGAGUUCGAGAUGAGGCUAAGCAGAAAGAGAGGCUUUGAGAGUAGUCUUCUCUCCCCUUGAUUGUUAAUUUGUUCUGCCCUCGGUUCAAGCUUUUCCGGAAAAACCAGAAUUCGUAUUUAGGAGGAAGCUGUGAUGGAACUUUUGCCUGGUUUUCUUGCUUCAAGUAUCUCAUAAUGUCAUUUGUGGCAAAGCUUAAAAAGUAAAUACGUAGAUAUAUUUACUCACCUGUAUGAUUUAGAGGAUUCACUUUUUCCAGUUCAAUUUUAUUUAUAUAUAUCUAAAGUUUUUCUACAUAUUUGGAGGGUCGUAUCCUCAUAUACCCGUGUCUGAAAUGUUUAGGGUACAAGUUUUGGAUGCGGGUUUUUUUCUCUUUAAAACCCGAAAAUGGACUUGGAAAAAAUAGGCCCAGCCCAUUUUAAACUUAUUCUUCGGGUUUUAUAUUUGUAUCCAAAUCUUUUGAAGUUCUAUUUGUUUCAUUGAAAAUGAAUUUCGGAAAAUGACUUUUUUAGAAAAGUUAAAA